AUGACCUCUCCAGACUUUGCUGCCGCUCAGGCGCGUGUGCUCGCUCGUCGCGCGGCUGCAGCUCGCCCAAUACCGCUGCCUUCCCCUCCGACCCUGCCACCCGCACUGCUGAACCUACCACCUGGUCUACGCUCACUCGCUUCUACCACUUUCUCAACCUGGAACACACUCAGACACAACCCUCCCCAAGCGCCUACUCCGUACUUUCGUGUCGGUCAGGUUGACGCAGAGUUGCUUGACGAGGAGCUCCUACAACUUCUACGCGGUCAAGUCGGAGACGCCCUCAAAUACUUCGGAGGCCAUAUCGCAGAUGAAUGGUCGUCAGAGAUUGGCGUAAUACUCCGAGCAAUACUAUGGAAGCUUAGUAUAUGGGACCGAGGAACCAGCUACGGUGCCAGUCUACAAGGCCUGAAGUACGUCGACGCAAGAACACAACCUUCGAGCAUUCACGCUGGCUCGGGCCAGGAUCCUACGAAAUGGCAGAAAGCAGCAUACGGUCUCAUCACAGUCGGAGGUCGCUACUCGUGGCAGAAACUAGAAGAUUGGCUCCUUGAGAGAGAAGGCGGCUACGAGGAGCCCACGCCGCUGGUCAAGAGACUUAGCAAGCUUACCGGAUGGAUUGGCAUGACACACGAGAUGGCAGCUCUGGCGUCCUUUUUGGUCUUCUUGUUCAAUGGCAAAUACAGGACACUUGCAGAUCGAUUGCUUCGACUCAGACUUGCCCCGGCAUCUGCACAAACGAGUAGAGAAGUCAGCUUCGAGUACUUGAAUCGUCAACUAGUCUGGCAUGCUUUCACCGAAUUUCUGCUCUUCCUGCUUCCGCUCGUAGGCAUUGGCAGAUGGAGACGCUUACUAUCAAGAGCAUGGAGAAAAGUCAAGAGCAUGUUCACUCAGAAGGCUGAUGAGGAAGACACCAAUGCAGGAGGCGAGCUUGAAUUCUUGCCAGAACGAACCUGCGCGAUAUGCUAUCGCGAUCAAAAUGCUGUGGGCGGUGGCUCAGAAGCAGAAGUCCUCGCACAAUCAAGCAAUACAGGUGGAGGUGUCAUUGGCAGUGCUCAAACAGAUGUCACCAAUCCAUACGAGGCGAUAUCUUGCGGUUGCAUAUACUGCUUUGUCUGCUUGGCGCAGCGUAUCGAAGCCGAAGAAGGUGAGGGUUGGACAUGUCUACGUUGCGGAGAAGUUGUAAAAGAAUGCAAGCCUUGGAAUGGAGAUGUUUUGGGGGAUAUCACAGAGGAGCCGACAAACACAACGUCGGCCAGUCAAGAGAAGCCUCCGAGGAGGAAGAGUGUUGGGUUCAUUGAUGAUGAGAGGGAGCAUGAACACCAAGCCACCAUCGAGGAACUUGAUCCGAUGCCUAUGGAUGAUCGCGAGGAGCAAACUCAAGAUGCGGAAGAUGUGGGGACUGUAGAUUCAGUCUCAUGGGUAGAUGGCGAGUCUGAGAUGGACUUUGAAGACGAAGCGGAUUAUGAUUGA